AUGUGUGAUGGGUUGUUAUGUAUUUCUUUUGAUGCUGAUCAAGAGAGAGAAGUUGAGUGCUAUUGUAUUGGAGAUAAUUUGUAUCUUUGGAACCCGAUAUGCAGAAAAUCUAAAAGGCUUCCGGGACUUGAACUCUCGAUCUCUGGCGUGAGCUUUGGGCAAUAUGGUGGUGUGAGCUUUGGGUAUUAUGAUGGUGAUUAUAAGGUGAUGGUAAUUUCUUCGUCUACUGGUUAUAAUUAUUUUGUUUCUGUUUACAGCUUGAGUAGUAAUUGUUGGAACGUUAUUCGUACUAAUUGUUAUUAUCAAGAAAUUAGUGAUUUUGUUAUUAUGAAUCCUACCAAGUUUGUAGAUGGUACUGCCUAUAUGAUAACAGCUACACGAAGGACAUCUUUUUCAUAUCUGCCGCUGAUUGUAUGGUUUGAUUUACGCAGUGAGACUAUCCAACAGUUGAAGUGUCCGGAAGAAUUUGUUGAUUAUUCUUGCUAUAACAUUGAAGCGUACGGAGAAUCAAUUGCUGUUUUCCGAUGUGGUAUUAAUGGAAAGAAUGGAGAUGAGUAUCUUUACAUGUGGACAUUUUUAAGAGACAAGGACUCAUCCAAAUCAAGCUUGGAAAAGAAGUUGGUUAUUAAAUUGAACCAUGGUUGGUAUUUUAAUAUUCCUGUAGGCUUCUUAGACGAUGGUAAAUAUAUUAUAAGUAAAUAUUCGACAAAAUCUUAUCCACCUAUGUCGCAAACCACGUUCUUUAUGUGCGAUCUGGAGUCUCAGAAAGUUACAAUUUACGGAUCUCAAAAUAAUAUAAACUCUCACGGCAGUAAGGUGAAUCCUAAUUGUGUGGAGAGCCUCCUUCUACUCGAUGAAGAUAGCGUAGAUCCUUUUGUGCACUCUGAGACGGAGUCUUCUUGCAGUUCAAUAUUGUUUACUUUGCAGAAGGAUAUCGGACAUCCAACAAAAUGCAUGGAAACUGAACUGGGAAAAUCAAGCAAAGAAAUUAGGAGGAAGAAAAGAUCUAGACGGUAG